GACUUUUAAAAGCGCAUGGUGCCUACCACUGUUCCAUACUGCAUGGUGAAACGCUUGCUCUUGGAUCGCCUUAUCUUCGCCCCUGCGUUCCUGCUGCUUUUCUUCUUUGUUAUGAACAUCCAAGCGGGUAAGAGGUGGGAAGACUUCCAGAGCAAAGUGAAUAGUAGUUAUUGGCCUGCCUUGAAGAUGAACUGGAAAGUGUGGACCCCCUUCCAGUUCAUCAACAUCAACUAUGUGUCUGUAGAGUUUCGAGUGCUGUUUGCCAACAUGGUGGCCUUAUUUUGGUAUGCUUACCUUGCGUCUGUGAGGAAGUGAAGACUCCCAAGAUCUUCUCCCUGAUUACUGAAUGUAGAGGGCACAGGGUGUGCCUCUGCAGAACGUUACAAGGACAGGCCUGUGAAUGCCAGUGCAGCAAGCUGGUACAACCAGGCAAA